CUCUGAUUGGCUAUUGGUAGUCAAGACGUAAUUUCCUUCUGUCAGCUCGAACACUUCCUGGAGAAGAAGGAAGAAAACAGGAGGCAGAAACAACACAGAAAUUCUGAAAAACUCUUUGACUUUGGACUUUUUAAGACCAGAACUCAACGCAGUCACUAUGUUUUCCUUCCAUCAUGUGUUCGACCACCCCAUGGCCCGGGGCUUUCCGAACCGCUUCUCCACUCAGUACCGCUGCUACUCGGUGUCCAUGCUGGCUGGACCCAACGACCGCUCCGAUGUGGAGAAAGGAGGCAAAAUUAUUAUGCCGCCUUCAGCGCUUGACCAGCUCAGCAGACUUAACAUCACAUACCCAAUGCUGUUCAAGCUGACCAACAAGAACUCAGACAGAAUGACUCACUGUGGUGUUCUGGAGUUUGUGGCAGAUGAAGGAAUCUGUUACCUCCCACACUGGAUGAUGCAGAAUCUUCUCCUGGAAGAAGGUGGCCUAGUUCAAGUGGAAAGCGUCCACCUCAUGGUGGCCACAUAUUCAAAGUUUCAGCCACAGAGUCCUGACUUCCUGGAUAUCACAAACCCCAAGGCAGUCCUGGAGAACGCACUGAGAAACUUUGCAUGCUUGACGACUGGUGACGUCAUAGCCAUAAACUACAAUGAAAAGAUCUAUGAGCUUCGCGUUAUGGAAACCAAACCAGACAAAGCUGUAUCCAUCAUCGAAUGUGAUAUGAAUGUGGAUUUUGAUGCUCCUUUGGGUUACAAAGAACCCGAGCGACGAGCUCAGAACAAUGAUGAACCAACAGAGGAAGACGGAGACCCCAGCAGUUAUGCUGACAUGGACACAGGAUUCAGAGCUUUUACUGGCUCUGGAAAUCGUCUAGAUGGUAAAACAAAGGGGAUUGAACCUAGCCCUGCUCCACUAGCCCUGAGCGACAUCAAAAGAGGUAUUCCAAAUUAUGACUUUAAAGUUGGUCGGAUCACCUUCAUCAGAAACUCCAGGCCUCAGCCCAAGAAAAAUGUAGAAGACGAUGACGCCAUGAACAGAUUCAUUGCCUUCUCUGGACAAGGACAGUCACUACGCAAGAAGGGCAGAAAGCCUUGAAUUAUUUCAAAUGGAUAUUUUGGCUUUUGAGACCGCUUCAACAGCAAAGUAAAAAAAACAAACUGAUUUUCAGAAACACUUGGCUUUUGUCUUUGUUUUCAUUUUAUGUCUGAACUUUGCGGUUGACUUUUGAUCAUAUUUUUGAAAAUCUAUUCUUGUGUAAAACAUGCUACAUUGGUUAAACAAUUUCAGAUAUAAUUUAUAUUCACAGGGACAGGGUCAUUUAUUUGAGCCAGGUUCAUUAGACAAUAUCACUUACAUAAAGAAUAGCUUGAGGAUUAUUGUUGGAAAUUAGUGACCACCAUUUUCUAGAACUGUUACUUUUUUUUUUUUACAAUUCACCUCAAAUAUACUCUUUCCAAAAUCCUCAUUGCAGUUUAAACAAUGGGAGUAGUUAUUUUAUUUUAUAAAUGCAUAAAAACCAUUUUAUGUUUGAAUUUUUUUCCAGAGUUAUAUUUUGCUGACAUUCUUUUCUGGUUUAUUUAUAGACAAAUAAAGGAUUGUGUUUUGAA